UCUGUCUGCAGGACAGUACAUGAGUCAUGGGAAGUGUCACCUGUGUGACGCGACCUGUGCACAGUGUACGGGUCCAGAGAGAGAGGACUGCACCAGCUGUCCAACAACACGGUACUAUGAUGAGGGAACCUGUGUCAUCCGCUGUCAGAAGGGUCGUUAUGUGGUAGGACGGCAGUGCCACUUCUGUCACCACACCUGUCAUGAGUGCACAGACGAGGGGCCCGACAACUGCACCAGCUGUGACAAAGAUAAAUUUGAAGUGGACAGGUACCUCUAUCAGAGUCAGUGUCGAGAAAUCUGUCCAGCCAGAUUCUUCCACUCCGUAAGGAAACGCUGUGAACCCUGUCCUACAGAGUGUAUCAUCUGUUCAGCAGCAGACCACUGCAUCCACUGUAACCCUGGACACCAGGUCAAGAAUGGCCAGUGUGUACCGCUGGAGUGCAGUCAAGGAGAGGUUGCUGAUGCCGAGGAUGACAACUGUAUUCCCUGUGACACAGGCUGCAAGCAAUGUGAACGCAAGGACUCAGGAGAUCAGGAAACUGUCUGCCUCAAAUGUGAUGACGGUUUCUACCAACUAGACUCAGACUGCUAUCAGUCCUGUCCUGAUCGGACCUACAGCGUGAAAGACACCAUGGUGUGUGCUCCGUGUGAGGAUAAGAAGUGUGCCAACUGUGACUCAUAUCAGUGCUACUGGUGUGAAGAGGGAUUCUACGUCUUUGAUGGAGAGUGUGUGGAUCACUGCAAAAAGGGUUUCUUUGUGGACGAGGAGGACCAGGAGUGUGAGCCCUGUCAUCGCUCCUGCCGUACUUGCGGGGGGCCGAGAUUUGACGACUGUGACUCCUGUGAGGACGGAUUCACCCUGAAGAAUGGCGAGUGUUUGGAGGGACGACAGCUGGACCCAUGCCGGGAGAAACACUUUAGAAAUGCUCAGGGUGAAUGUGAGCAGUGCCACUCACUCUGUAAGACAUGCUCUGGAGCAGGGAGAGAGAACUGCAGCAGCUGCUACUCAGGACGUUUCCUGACUCCUAAACAGACCUGCAUGAUUCGCUGUCCCCCUGGUAGAUUUGCUAACAAGGCGUCGAGCCGCUGUGAGGAAUGCUCUGAAGGUUGUGUCACGUGCCAGGACGAUAAACACUGCCAGCGCUGCAGAAGUGGACUCUACCUGCACAAUGAAAUGUGUGUAGUGGACUGUCCAAGGGGUUUUCCUCAGGAUGGCGUUUGUCAGCUGUGUGAGCCGCAGUGUGAAUCCUGCCGAGGAAACUCCUCCCACUGUCUGAGUUGUGGGAAGCAGUACUUCCUGCUGGAUCACUCCUGCACGCCACACUGUCCAGAGGGAUAUCACACCUCGGAGACUGAGUGCCACCGCUGUCCAGCUCACUGCAGAGAGUGCAAUGAAGACGGCCUGUGCAGGAAAUGUGCCCAUUACUACUUCCUCCAUGAGGACAAAUGUGUGGAUGACUGUCCUGAUGGCUUCUUCGCCAGCGAGGAGCAGGAGGAGUGCAUGCGCUGCCAUGCUGAUUGUGCCUCAUGUGACGGCCCCGACAUUGACGACUGUGACGUGUGUCGCAACCCCAAAGCUGUCCGCUACAACGGGGAGUGUCUGGCCGACUGUCCCAAGGACACGUAUUAUGAUGAAGGAACCAAUGAGUGCAGAGACUGUGAUCGGACAUGUUUGAGCUGCUCAGGCCCUGAGCCCUCGUCCUGCCUCAGCUGUGGCACAAACAGGCAAAGAGACGCCAGUGGACACUGCGUGUGGUACAGCCGCUGCUCUCUGAGCUCCUACAUCGAUGAUAAUGGAGAAUGCCAAAAGUGCCACAAACUGUGCCAUCGAUGUUACGGGCCGGGCAAAGAUCAGUGCUUCAGCUGUGAUGAGCCGCCCUUCCUUCUGAACUCCACAUGUGUGCAGCAGUGUCCUGUGGGUUUCUAUGCUGACAACAAGAAUGAGCGUGUGUGUGAGCGCUGUCACUCCAGCUGUCAGUCGUGUGUGGGACGUCACAGCGUGGAGUGUGUCAUCUGUAAACCCGGGUUCUUCAAGCAGGGAAGCAGCUGCCUGGAAACGUGCUCAGAGAGUCACUUCGGAAACACCAGCAGCAUGCAGUGUGAGCACUGUGACCCAUCCUGUGGUCAGUGUUGGGGUCCUGGUAACAGAAACUGUCUGAGCUGUCGGGACGGGUACGUUUAUCUGAGGAAUCUGGGGCAGUGUUUGACCAGCUGUCCUCCGGGAUACUACCAGAGCAGAUUCUCCAAAACAUGCCACAGGUGUCAUCCCACCUGCAAGACCUGCAGCGGUGGGGGCGCUGUGGCCUGCCUGUCCUGUUACGAUGGCUUCACAGACAUGAGAGGAAUCUGUGAAUCCAAAUGUCUUGUCGGCUUCUAUGCUGCUUCAAAGGGUGAUGAUCCAAACUGUAAGCCGUGUGAUCCCUCCUGUCUGGACUGCCGAGGCCCCACCAUGAGGAACUGCACAGUGUGUCCUGCACUCAAGAUCCUAUCAGAUGACAGCCGCUGCCUGUCCUGCUGUGGUAAUGAUACACGGCACGAUGGUAAACCUUUAUCCUGGGAGUGCUGUGACUGUAAGGCCUCACGAGACGAGUGCAUCAUGUCAGUCAACUUUCUUAUGAGGGAAACUUGGGACAUUCAACACAGGACCUCCAAACUCUUCAUCACUGCCUGCGUCCUCCUGGUACUUGCUAUCGGUGGAGGGGUCUUCCUCUUUCUCAACGCUCGAUCCAACUCACGCGCCAUCCUCCCCAAAACAAAGCCUGGAGGCUAUGAGCAACUGGACACAAACGGAGGCAUCGGUGCACGGCCCACCACGUCUUCAUUUGGGGAAUACAGCGACCGGAUCACUGAGUGUGAGGGCGAGGAGGACGAAGACGACGAUGAUGAAGACAUUGUGUACAUGGGACAAGAUGGGACGGUGUAUAGAAAGUUUAAGUAUGGACUCUUGGAUGAGGAUGAGAUCGAGCUUGAGUACGAUGAUGAGACGUACUCAUACAAAUGAAGGAACAAAAGACCUGUGGCCUGUUGAACAAGACCUUAUUUUUGUUUAAUAGCUCAAACUAAGAUUUUUAUCUCUACUUUUCAGGUGAAUGUGGCUUUAAACAAGUGUAAUUAAGUAUUUUUGACAAGAAAUUAGACAAAUACACCUGCUUGGAUUUGAGUUUUUGCUGUGUAAUUGCAUUUUUUUGGCACUGGUUGUGUCAUACCUUUCGGACAAGACAAGACAUCUUUUCAUCAAACUUGAUCAAACCCUCUUUAACGUGUUUUUACCAUAGUAAAGUUACAGUUUAUAACAGUUAGUUGGCUUGUUUUCCAUGAUAACUGAAUGUGUUCAAACUAUUUCUUUGCAGGUACUUAUCUUACAUGCAAUCAAUUCUUAGAACAAAAAUACUGUACGUUUAAGCACACUAAGAAAAUCUGGUUCAAGCCUGGACAGACAAAUUAAGUCGAUGCGUAAAUCUAAAUAAUUAGUCCUCUGAAGUGAUUGUGUCAGAUGUGUUAACUAGUCAACAUCGGUGCUGACUUUUUUUUAAAUUCUAGUGUUUUGCCUCUUUAAAAUAUGUGAUUGUUACUUGAAAAUUUGGUUUACUAGGAUAUUUUCCAACACCUUCACCUCAUUGAAGUAUUUCCAUUUGACAUGGUGUUUGAAUAAUCAUAUUUCUGUUCAUUUUUGUUGUUAAUAUUUUCAGAAAUAA